AACGCCACCGCCAGACAGCAACACACUGCACACACACACAUUGCAAUGGCAGCGGCUGGAGGCGGGGUAGGAGAUAGCGAGCUGCGGCUGCUGGGCAAGUCGUCGAGCCCUUGGGUGUUCCGGGUGAGAGUGGCGCUGGGACUCAGGGGGCUGAGCUACGAGUACAUAGAGGAGGACCUCGGCAACAAGAGCGAGCUCCUGCUCCGGUCCAACCCGGUGCACAAGAAGGUGCCGGUCCUCAUCCACGGCGGCCGCCCGGUGUGCGAGUCCCUCGUGAUCCUCCAGUACGUCGACGAGAUCUGGCGGGGCACCGGCCCUCCGCUCCUUCCGUCCGACCCCUACGACCGCGCCACGGCACGGUUCUGGGCGGCCUACGUCGACGACAAGUUCUUCCCGGCGUUCAGCGCGCUGUUCAGGUCGAGGACGGACGAGCAGAGAGCGGAGGCGCUCCAGAACGCCCUCCUCGUGGCGGAGACGUUGGAGCGGGCGUUCACGGAGUGCUCCAGGGGGAAGGCGUUCUUCGGCGGCGACGCCGUCGGGCUCGUGGACGUCACGCUCGGGAGCCACCCGAUUUGGAUCAGAGCGGUGGACCAGACGGCGGGCACCAACCUUCUGGACGGGGCCAGGUUCCCUGACCUGGCGGCGUGGGCGGAGCGGUUCAUGGCCCUCGGCGCCGUCAACGAGGUGGUGCCGGACGCCGGGAAGCUUUUGGAGCAGUACAGGGCGUCUCGGGCCAAAUGGACUGCCGCUGCUGAUUCUAGCUGAACUGAUGAACACACUGGACGCCUGCUGCUUGCAUUGGCUACUUGUGCUGGACACCUUCAGUGAUACGGUCUCGAACCGAAAUAAAUACAUAAAGGCUAGUUUGGAAACAUUAGUCCUUCUGCGAUUCUUGAAAAUUGAGUAGAAAAUUAUUCAAUUUAUUACUCAAUCUCAAAGAAUCUCGGAAGGGAUUUAUGUUUUCAAACUAGUCCUAAGAUCAACUACUUUACCUGAC